AUGCAGCUCACCAAUCUGGCUCUGGCCCUAGCUGCGGCUUUCUCUAUGGCUAACGCCUACGCCAUCUCUGGCGAUGGAGUCAACUGUCGCACUGGUCCCUCCACGAACGAUGCGGUUGUCACCUCCUACCCAAAGGGUACUGACGUCAAGAUCACUUGCCAGACUCAUGGUGAGGACAUCAAGGGCAGCACCAUCUGGGACAAGACUUCUGAUGGCUGCUACGUUACCGACUACUACGUCAAGACGGGCUCCAGCAGCAUGGUCACCAAGGACUGCAGCAGUGGCAGCUCUGGUGGCGGCACCUCUUCCUACAACGGCAAGAUCAGCCGCAAGGAGAUCAUCUCUCGCGGUGAAUUCUGGGUCUCGCGCCACAUCCCAUACUCUAUGAACGCCGAAUACCCGGAUCCUCAAGGCCGCAAGUACCGCACCGACUGCUCUGGCUUUGUUAGCAUGGCUCUUCACGCAAAUUCGCCAGGCUACAACACUGUCAGCCUUCCAGAUAUCGCUAAGGCUAUCUCGUGGGAUGACCUCCAGCCCGGUGACUUUGUUGGUACUCUGGGACCUGGCACUGGUGGUGCUGCUGGCCACGUCACUCUGUUCCAUUCGUGGGCUGAUAGCUCCAAGAAGGAGUACAACACGCUUGAGUGCCGCGGUACCUACGGCUGCGUGGCGUACAAGCGUGCUGUUGGCUGGAAGGAUGGCAGCUUCACUGCCAAGCCCUACCGCUACACGCGUGUUGUGGACUAA